AUGGUAAUAGCGGAUAGGCUUAGCAAGAUCCUGCCCAACACUAUCUCCGUGGAGCAAGGGGCGUUCAUCCAAGGCAAAAGUAUAACUGAAAGUUGUGUGCUAGCCCAAGAAAUGUUCAAAGAUAUAAACAGGUGGGUCAGAGGGGGUAACAUAUUCAUCAAAUUGGAUAAAGAAAAAGCAUAUGACAGACUGGAUUGGGGUUUCCUGUUAGCGGUCCUCCGUCGUUUGGGUUUUGGAGAAAAGUGGAUUACCAUGGUUAAGAAAUGCUGGUCGAAUUCCUUGUUCUCAGUCCUGCUGAAUGGUGAAGCUUGUGGGUUCUUUCGAUCAUCUAAGGGCCUUUGCCAAGGAGAUCUGAUCUCGUUGGGGCUGUUCAUCCUAGCAGCCGAGGUUCUUAGUAGAGGUUUUAGUCAACCGAUGUCAAAUGGGGCCUGUCUGCCAUUCAAAACGCGUAGGAACUGUCGCAGCGUAUCCCACAUGCUAUUUGCAUAUGACACGUUGCUGCUAGUGAAUGGGAGCUGCAAAACCUUGAAUCGAAUCAAGUCCUUGGAUUGCUACCAUAGGGCCUCGGGCCAAAGAUGCAAUGAUCGGAAGAGUUUCUUCAUUCUUUCUGCCCAUCAGUCUGAAGUAAGAAGCAGAGUAAUCCUGAAAAUCCUGGGCUUCAGCAAGUGUGAAGCCCCCUUCACCUAUCUGGGCAUGCCAAUCUUCAAAGGGAGAAGUAAGAGCUCUUACUUCCAACCCAUCAUGGAGAAGAUCCACCAGAGGAUCACUGGCUGGAAAUUGAAGUUUCUCACUCAAGCGGGAAAAAUCACAUUAAUCAACUACGUCCUCGGCAAUAUUUUGGUCCACACAAUAGCAGCAACAGAUAUCCCACGUUCUAUUUUGGGUGAGUUGGAUAAAGCGUCUGCAAAUUUAUUUAUUUUUCUAGGACUGGGAGGGCGACAGAAAGCGCUGCCACUAGGUCAACUGGAAGCAAAUAUCCUGCCCAAAAUCGGAGGGCGGGCUAGGUGUCAAGAGUUUGAGUAG